AUGCGCGCGUUCGUGAUCAAGGAAUACGCCCACCCAUCGAAGAUCCCCUUGAGCGACGAUGUACCAGAGCCCAAGCCACAGGAGGGCGAGGUCCUCGUUGAGGUCUUCAGCGCGGGCUUGAACUACUACGACAUCCUGCAAUCCCAGGGCAAGUACCAGUCGCAGCCGCCACGCCCAUUCACGCUGGGCACCGAGUUUGCCGGGCGGAUCGCAGCGGACUCGCCCAUUCCGAAGGGGUGCCCGUUCAAGCCGGGCGACAGGGUCUUUGGGGCCGUGCAGGGCGCGUAUGCGGACAAGCUCGCGGCCAAGUGGGGGUAUCUGCUUCCGCUGCCGGCUGCGAUGACAUACGACCAGGGCGCAGGCCUAUUCAUCACUUGGCCGACAUCGUAUGAGGCACUGGUUGGACGUGCUGAGCUUAAGGCAGGUGAAUGGGUGCUCGUCACAGCUGCUGCAGGUGGCGUAGGUAUCGCCGCCGUACAAUUGGCAAAAGCCCUGGGCGCGAAGGUCAUCGCCGCGGCUGGGUCGCCAGAGAAGAUUGACGUCGCUGUGCGCUACGGCGGCGCCGACCACGGCGUGAACUAUACCCAGCCAAACUGGCAGAAGGAAGUCCUGAAGCUCACGGGUGGCAAGGGCGUAAACGUCGUUUAUGACCCAGUCGGAAUGAUCAGAGAUUCUCUGAAGUGCAUCGCGUGGAAAGGUAGGGCGGUGGUAGUGGGCUUCGCGGCUGGUCAGAUCGAGAAGCUGCCGCUCAACUUGGUCCUCCUCAAGAAUAUCUCUAUUGUCGGCAUUCACUGGGGUGCAUACUCAAUCCAUGAGCUACAGCGCAUCUCGGUCGUCCACAAAGCUAUCAAUGACCUGCUUUCGUCGGGCCGCGCGAAGCCCGUCGUGUACCCCCAAGUCUUCCCUCUGGAGAGGCUAUCGGACGGUCUUCAGCUCCUCGAGCAGCGCAAGACGUGGGGCAAGGUCGUCGUGCGCAUGCGGGACGAGAAGUCGGGCGAGCGAGCGAAGUUGUGA